AUGUCACAAACUAGCUCCCAAGCUGAUGGUGCACCUUCUGAAGUAGUGACCUUGAAGAGGCAGCUGGCUGUUUUGGAGCCACAAAAUGCAGAACUCCGCAAACAGCCAGCAGAAGAGAAAAGUGAAUGCCUUUGUCUUGAGGGUCAAGUGAUUCACAGACUCGUCUGCCUUACUGAUCAUGUCAAAGAUCACAUUGCAGAGUUUGACAGACGUGUGAUGCUAGGUAUUGACUUAGAUGAUGACACUAGCUUGAAUGACCCUGAGGACAACAGGAAGUACAGAUCAUACAAGAAAUUAGUCACCUGGUGUCCAUCUAUUUGUUGUGGAUUCAACAAUGAUGCAACUGGAUGGCUCAUAUGCCCCGUUGAUUAUGACUGGAAUGACCCAGUUGUCCAACAAGGCAUCAGGGAUUAUCACCCUGAUUAUCAUGUUACGGCUCACUCUUGGCCUGCUUUUUUAUAUCAAGACGAAAAAUAUGACCCACUGAAACCUGUAGAUGGUCUAUUCAAAGGGAAAUUACUUUUAAAGACAUUCAAAUACACCUUCACUUCUCCUACUUCUGCAGAGAUGGACAACCAAGAGCAGCUUGACCCAGAAAUGCUUUCUUGGCAGGGUUGUCCAAAGCAAUGA